GCCCAAGCCUCCGCCGCCGCCGCCGCGGUAGGAGCCAACAUGCCCGGCUUCGACUACAAGUUCCUGGAGAAGCCCAAGAGACGCUUCCAGUGUCCGCUGUGCAGCAAGGCCAUGCGGGAGCCCGUCCAGGUGUCGACCUGCGGCCACCGCUUCUGUGACACCUGCCUGCAAGAAUUCUUAAGUGAGGGAGUCUUCAAGUGUCCCGAAGACCAGUUGCCUUUGGACUACGCCAAGAUCUACCCUGACCCGGAGUUGGAGCAGCAGAUUUUGGCGCUGCCCAUCCGCUGCAUCCACAGCGAAGAGGGCUGCCGCUGGACCGGACAGAUGAAGCAGCUGCAGGGCCACUUCUCCACCUGCGCCUUCAACGUGAUCCCCUGCCCCAACCGCUGCUCGGUCAAGCUGACUCGCCGCGACCUCCCCGACCACCUGCAGCACGACUGCCCCAAACGCAAAGUCAAGUGCGAGUUCUGCGGCAGCGAGUUCACCGGCGAGGCCUACGAGAACCACCAGGGCGUGUGUCCUCAGGAGAGCGUCUACUGCGAGAACAAAUGCGGGGCACGGAUGAUGCGCCGGCUACUGUCGCAGCACGGCACGGCCGAGUGUCCCAAGCGCACGCAGCCGUGCAAGUACUGCGGCAAGGAGUUUGUCUUUGACACCAUCCAGAACCACCAGUACCACUGCCCUCGCUUCCCCGUCCAGUGCCCCAACCAGUGCGGCACACCCAACAUUGCCCGCGAAGACCUGGCCAACCACGUGAAGGACAACUGCGGCAGCGCCCUGGUGCUCUGCCCCUUCAAAGACGCCGGCUGCAAACAUCGGUGCCCCAAGCUGGCGGUGGGGCGGCACCUGGAGGACAGCACCAAGUCGCACCUGACCAUGAUGUGCAACCUGGUGGGGCGCCAGCGGCAGGAGAUCCUGGAGCUGCGGCGCGAGAUGGAGGAGCUGUCGGUGAGCCACGACGGCGUCCUGAUCUGGAAGCUGAGCGACUACUCGCGCAAGCUGCAGGAGGCCAAGCUGCGCAGCAACCACGAGUUCUUCAGCCCGCCCUUCUACACGCACCGCUACGGCUACAAGCUGCAGGUGUCGGCCUUCCUCAACGGCAACGGCAGCGGCGAGGGCUCGCACCUCUCCGUCUACAUCCGCGUGCUGCCCGGUGAGUACGACAACCUCCUGGAGUGGCCCUUCGCCUACAAGGUCACCUUCUCCAUCCUGGACCAGAGCGACCCCUCGCUCUCCAAGCCGCAGCACAUCACCGAGACGUUCAACCCGGACCCCAACUGGAAGAACUUCCAGAAGCCCAGCGGCGCUCGCAACUCGCUGGACGAGAGCACCCUGGGCUUCGGCUACCCCAAGUUCAUCUCGCACGAGGAGAUCAAGAAGAGGAACUACGUCCGCGACAACUGCGUCUUUGUCAAGGCUUCCAUCGAGAUCCCCCAGAAGAUCAUGGCUUGAGCGCCGCUUGAGCACCGACCACCUUUCCACGCUCCACCCUUCUACCUGACCAACUCACUCUGUGUGAAAAUUGCCUUGGAAAUCAAAGAGUGCCUAGAAGUUGACCCUUUUUCUUUCACCCCUCUCGCUCGCUCGCUCGCUCGCUCGCUCUCUCUCUCUCACCAAGGGUACGUGAGGGGAUGGAGGCAGGGUGAAGGAGAUUGAACUUUGGAUGGAUGGAGGGAAGGAAGGCACCGUCUUGGCUCACGCCAAAACUCUUGAAUCUUGUGUUUACGUAGACGGCCAGAGCGGCGUCAAGGUGCAGCUCCGUCCUUCACCCUCUAUGCAAACUUCACACAAGCUUCCCCGCCAGCACACAGGCGCUCCCUUCCGAGGAACCUCGGCUUUCUCCAUCAGCGGACAGCGCAUGGCAUUUUCCUUGCGAGAAGCGCCUCGUGUGGCGCUUCAGACGAGCGCCCCCCCCCCCGGUCCGUUUGCGGCCGGUGACUCCAUCAGAUUUGUCUUCUCGCCGCAGCAAGUCCACCUUUGUCGCUCCGGCACGUUAGCUUGUGGUCUUGACGCGAUCGUCCGCUACCUGAAGGAGUUUGUGAGUCUUUGGACCGUUCUGCCCCCCCAAAGCCUCAUCCGCUUGGCCAAACGCAACUUGCGAAGCACGUCGAGAAGCCAAACCCGAGCAGACGCUGGAAGUCUGCCGUUUGAUGGGGCGAGCUCCUCCAAAGUCCUGGAGAUUUGGGAAGAUGGCGUCCAUAUGGGCAGGAAUGGAGCGGCUUCGUCAUGCUAUGCGUUUGGUGGAGCGUGGCUGGCGGCAACCAGACGCUGUCAAACCAGUGACUGGGAAUAACGCAGCUCUGCAAUUUUCAGGAAAACUCAACCCAUGAAGCCUAUUUGACUGAGUAACGUGCAAUUUACUAGGCCUGUCUAUAAAAAGGCUCAAAUCAACCAAAUGUGAUUUGAAGCACUCCGCCCGCUCGAACGUUUUGGUGACGACGGAUGACUGGCCACACAGGAAGUGUGUCAUCAAAUCUUUUCUUGGAUUGCUGCCUGAAUUGGUGGAGUCCACUGAAGAGGAAAUUGGGAAAUGGUCUCGUCGGAUUUGAGUUUUCCUCAUCUCGUGUCGACCAAAUUCGACGUGUUUACAUUGUCGUGACCGACCAGGCUUGUUUUGUUUUGUUUUGGGCAAACACCAACCUUAGCCGCUUUGGACGGACCAGAGAAAGUGAAUUUGUGCAUCCUUAAGAGGCCAAUGGGACCAGUGAGUGGGCAUUUCAAAGUGAAGGAAAAUCCAUGUGGCCUUUUUCUUGAUCCGCUACGAGCUUGCAUGAGAGGGCAAACGUAACACACGUGCAUGCUUCAUGUGCUAACUCCCGGCCGGACCACCUUUUGUACUCUACCUGUUCUCAUGACUAUUUUGCCCUUAUUUUGGAAGAGUUUUAAAAAUAGUUUUUAUUAUUAUCAACAUGGGUUGUUUUUUUGUAAACGGAAAAUGUGAACGUUGCGAACCGAGCCUGUUCGACGAGAUGACGUGUUGACGGACACGCGUCGAGAUCGUCUCCUUCACAGCGCCACCGCCUGGACGGAGGACUGUAAAAAUGUACAUUCAUUACAUUUAAUGCAACGCGUGAAUACGUCAUGUACAAAUACGGAAGCACAUUCUGUCCUUUGACUUAGUAGAUGCGCGCGCACACACACACACACACACACACACACCGAUUUCCUCUCAUAAUGCCAGCUGAUAUUUGACAGUGACUUUUUGUACGAUUCUGUAUUUUCAAGGGGAAAACAAACAAACAACAACUUUCUGGCUGUUUUUAUACUUAUUUCGGUUUGAGAGUCAGGUCGACUUGGAGAGUCCGUCAGUUUGUCUGUCCGUGCGUCUCGCGUGUUUGAGCCUCACGUGUUAUGUCUCUUUUAUUUUCCCCAUUUUGAAAAAGGAAAACCAAGUAUUUAUUUGAAAGCAGCAGCAGCGCCGAUGCGGACGGCGCAUAGAAUGUUUUAACAUGUCCUUUGAUGAGUGCUUGUCAAUUUCAUAACUAAAAUAAAACUACCAUAUGCUGUGUUUUAAA